AUGGGAAUAGAUCAGAAGAAUUUAGUGCUACACUUUAAUCCUCGAUUUGAUGCAAAUGGAGACAAGCAAAAGAUCAUCUUGAACUCUAAGCAGGACAGCGUCUGGGGAGCAGAGAAGAGGGAAAGCUUCUUCCCCUUUGAGGACGGGUCAGACAUCAAGGUUUGCUUCAAGUUUGAGCAAGACAAGAUCACCAUAAAACUAUCUGACGGAAAGUCUUUCUCAUUUCCAGUCCGCUUUCCCAUAUUGCGAAUCUCCUACUUGGCCGUGCAAGGCUUCCAGGUCAUGGCCCAUACCAUUAAAUGA